UAUUGAAACUGUGUGAAAUUUUUGUCUCUGAAAAGACUACAGCUUUCAUUUCUUAUAACACUUAUAUAACCUACAUCUUCAAAAACAAAAUUAAAAACAUCUCUGAGAAAAGAUAAUUUGAUGACUAAGUAUGAGCUAAUGCAUCACCAUGUUUUUAACUUAAACUGGAAAUCCCCAAUGAUUACAAAAGCAAUCGCCACAAUAACGUAAAGAAUAUCUAUCUAUGCUUAAAGAAAAAUUAAUGGACAUAACUUACAAAAUAAUAAUGUAUUAAAGAAUAUAAAUUAAUACUAAAGAGAUUGCAUGAUAAUUUUAUCGAUUACGUAUUACAGGAACCGCAUUUUUUGACUUUCUACGCCAACAAUACAAAAGUUUCAGGACUUUGCGGUGAAAUAUGGAAUUUACUUUCCAAAACGCUGAACUUUACGUAAGAUUGCAUAGAUUACAUCAUAAAAACAGAUUGUCGUAUUAACAAGACUAACUAGAAAAUAUUUCUAAUUUUUAGAUUGAAGCCAGUGAAAGUAAACGUAAACAGCUUGGGUGUAAAACAUAAAAAUUCCACUUUUGACGGAUUAUUAGCUAUUAUCGCUCGCAAUGAAACCAUUGCAAUACCAAAAGUUGAAACGUUUCAUUCGCGACUAAUGGCUACUCGUUUUACGAUGCCUUAUGGACUAAACGGACAGUAUUUGUACAUUCGUCGCGAAAUGAUGCCCGACAACGAAUGGAUGAUAAAAGUUUUCUCUUGGAAAAUAUGGUGUGGCAUAUUCGUUAUGCAUAUACUACUAAGCGUAUGCACCUAUUUAACAGAAAAUAUUUCGCUACAGACUGAACAUAAAUAUCCAGCUGCGCGUUUCAGUGAACAUUUAUUUUAUAAUUUCGGAAAUCUCUGCAAUCAAAGCUAUAUUCCUCAUUCUCUUGCUAGAAGAUCAAGGAUAUUAGAAGUAUCGCUGGGUUUUUUUUGUUCUGUAAUGUAUAUGGCAUUUGGUGCUGUAUUAUUCAUUUAUAUAACAAAAAGUAUCUCUAUACCGCCAUUCGAUAGUUUCGAGUCUCUGGUGACUAAUACUAAAUAUAACGUUAUCACUAUGAAAGGUUCUAGUGGAGAAAUCGGAUUUAAGGUAAUCACUGAUAAAUCAUUUAUAAGAGCAAAAAGAGAAAGACGCUUGAUCGUAGAAUCAAAAAUUGAGGACAUGCACAGAAAGGUAUGUUCAUCUUUGCAAAGAAAAAAGUAUGCUAUAUUCCAAAGUGAAGAUGAAUAUAAAGUGACAGGACAUAUUGCAUGCAACUUAAAUCGAACUGGAAGGCCUUAUUGGAAAAUGUGGGUAGCUUCUGGCAUCGCGAGAAACUUUAAAUACAAAAGGAGUGUGGAUCUUGGAAUACUCAAAUUAAUGGAAGUUGGACUUUUGGAUGCAUUGAAGAAUCGUUAUUUAGAACCGAGAAUUAAACAAAAUUAUGAUGAUAAUUUACCGAAACCGAUUGAAAUAUAUCAAGUUUCUUUAGUAAUUGCAGUGAUAUGCUGUGGAAUGAUAAUUGCUAUUAUUGUCUUUAUAAUCGAAAAAAUCAUAUUUGUUUAUAUUAAACCUAAACAAUUUAAUUAUGUAAAAAUCAUUUAUAAAAUAGGGAUUAUAUCGCCAAUGUUGUACAGGACAAAACAUUGCUUUUUAAGCAACUCUACAAUUCGUCGGGUAAAAAUUCAAUUAGAGAAUAAUUGCUGCAGAGCUAUGUCGGUCAUAAUGGAUCCUAUAGUUGAGCCUGAUGUAAAUACAUUACUUGGAAAUAAGAGACCAAUAUUAGAUGAUAACAAUGAAAAUGAAGCUAAGGUACAAAAGACAGAAACAGAAGUAGUACAAAAAAUUAAAAGGAAAAAUCAUGCUAUGUUACUGGGUUAUCUUGGUAAAGAUUAUUAUGGCAUGCAAAGAAAUCCUGGUAUGAAAACUAUUGAGGAAGAUUUAGUCACUGCUUUGUUGAAGGCAAAUUUGAUAUCUGAGGAACAUUUUAAGGAUAUUCGUACAAUCAAUUUUCAAAGAGCUGCACGUACAGAUAAAGGAGUAUCAGCAGUUAGACAGAUUGUCUCACUGAAGCUACCGGAAAAGGCUGACAAGGCAUUAAUAAAUGAAUUUUUACCUGAUGUAAUCAGGGUAUUUGGAAUAAAGCGAGUAACAAAAGGUUUCAACAGCAAAAAUCAAUGCGAUGCACGUACCUAUAGAUAUAUCAUUCCGUCAUUUGCAUUUACAUCGGAAGAUCCAAGUUUGUUAAAAGUUGGAGAAGAAGUUAAUGAAGAAGAGAGAAUUCAACAGCUAUCAACUAUCAAUGGAAAACCAUAUACUGAUUACAGAUUAUCUCCGGAAUCUUUAGAUAGAUUGAAUUCUAUCUUGAAGCUUCUAGAAGGAACUCACAAUUUUCAUAAUUUUACGUCAAAAGUAAAACCAUUAGAUCCACGUGCACGACGCUACAUAAUUAGUUUUCGUUGCGCGGAGACAUUUGUUUCAAACGAUAUGGAAUUCACGGUGUUGGAAAUUAAAGGACAAAGCUUUAUGCUGCAUCAAAUUCGGAAAAUGGUCGCGGUUGUAGUCGCAGUUGCGAGGAAGAUUGUACCCGAAGAAAGAAUUAACGAAGCGUUCAAGACGAUGGAUAAAUUAGAUAUACCAAUUGCACCCAGCUUAGGAUUAUGUUUGUGUCAUGUACAUUAUGAUCAUUACGGUAAAAGAUAUGGAACAGAUGGUCUUCAUGAAACAUUAGACUGGAAAGAGUGCGAAGAAGAAAUAGAAAAGUUUCAGAAGAAAUACAUUUUACAAUAUAUGGUGGACACUGAGAUUUCGGAACAAACAACAUUAAAGUGGAUAGCAGGUCUUCCUUUUUAUAGCUUUAACAACAGAGAGGAACUUCCUAUUGAAGAGGACGAAAAACAAUAAACUGUGAAUUAAGCGCGUGUUUAUCGCGUGUAAAAUAGAUAGUCUUAUCUAUGUUUGAAAUAUGUUAAAAAACAUUUUAAAAAUUAAAACUUUUUAAAACUUA